ACUAAAUUGAAUUUUAGCAUUCAUGGGCAUGAAUGUGAUAAACACAUGGAGUCUUCUUAGUACGAGUACACAUACAACUAUCUACCAUCGUUCAUAAAAGGCUUUGAAAUAAAUUAUGAAUUAAAUCCAGUCGUUCAUAAAGGCUUUGAAAUAUAGAUAUUCAAUAACACAAUUAAGACCCGUCCAUAGACUUGAUACUUGUAAUACUCGUAAGAAAUAAGUUAGUUUUGACAAUUCAGUUUGAAAAAAAAGAGAAGCCAGCCACCGGUGGGCGCGCGGUGGCUGCUGCUGGCCGUUACCACCCCUCCCCCUUGGUUUCGGGUGCAUUGAGGGUGUAGCCAGAUCAAGCUGCUGUUACCGCUUUACUAUUUUCUCUUAUGUUUUAUUCUUUCUUACUAGACAAUUCACAGAUCUUAAAAAGGCUCAGCUUCUUUCUUCACCAAAUCUAACGCUUUUUUUUUUUUUUUCGUUUUAGCUUUGUGAUGGUACUAUCCAGAAGACGAAAGGAAAACCUGUGAUGUUUUUGCAAUUAGAGCGGGGAUUUUUGAGGUUGGAAGCAGCGCCAAACCCAACCAAAUGCCGGUUUUCCCGGAAAAUAAACAAGAAACCAGCAGAAAAGAGAAGAAAAAAGCAGAGAGAGAGAGAGGAGAGGUUGCUAGGAUAGCCGACGACCAUGUCAACAAGAUUACUGGUGUCCAAUGAAAUAAAAAAUGCCACUUGUUGAUAAAUGAACGAACAACCUUUGAUAAAAUUGGCUGGUUCUAAUCUCAAAUAAACUUAAGCCACUAAUACAUCCAUUAACACUGCCAAAAAUAAGGAAACUUCGCCUUACGUACGUACGUACGUUCAUUUCUUGCGACAGCUUUUGCUUUUUCCCACCUUCCAAAACCCUCAAAAACUUCAGUUAUACGAGAAAAAAGGACAAUAUUAUAGAUCACUUCUUUAAUUCUUUUAGAUCGAAAGAACCCCAUUUGCGGAAGUGAGAACAGUGGUUUGUAAACUUGAGCCAAGAUGAACGACUUGUUCUCGAGCUCGUUCAAAAAAUAUACAGACCUGAAGCAGCAGGCUUACCUGGACGACAUGGAAUCCGGCAAAGAGAGUAUCAACCUCGACAGGUUCUUUGAAGAUGUCGAGAAUGUCAAGGAAGACAUGAGCCAAGUUGAGAGGCAGUACAGAAAGUUACAAGAAGCAAAUGAAGAGUGCAAGAUCGUCCACAAUGCUAAAACCAUGAAAGAAUUACGAGCCCGGAUGGACUCAGACGUUGAGCAGGUCCUCAAGCGCGUCAAAGUUAUCAAGGGGAAACUCGAAGGCUUAGAACGUUCCAACGUAGCUCACAGAAAACUUCCAGGAUGCGGUCCAGGUUCUUCUGCAGAUCGAACCAGGACCUCGGUUGUUAACGGGUUGGGGAAGAAGCUCAAGAGCAUGAUGGAUGAUUUUCAGGGACUGAGAAACAGAAUGACACUUGAAUAUAAGGAAACUGUGGAACGCAGGUAUUUCACCAUCACAGGAGAGAAAGCAACCGAAGAAACUAUUGAGAAUAUGAUAUCAAGUGGGGAAAGCGAAAGUUUUCUGCAAAAGGCAAUUCAGGAACAGGGGCGAGGUCGGAUCUUGGAUACCAUAUCAGAGAUUCAAGAAAGACAUGAUGCUGUAAAGGAGAUAGAGAAGAAUUUGAUGGAGCUCCAUCAGGUAUUCUUGGACAUGGCUGCUCUGGUGGAGUCUCAGGGUCACCAGCUCAACGACAUAGAAAGUCACGUGGCGCAUGCUAAUUCGUUUGUGAGACGAGGCACCGAUAAUCUUCAGGAGGCCAGGGAGUAUCAGAAAAGCUCCCGGAAGUGGACAUGCAUCGCCAUUGCCCUUGUUGCCAUUGUCAUAGUCGUCCUCCUAUUUCCAAUUUUAACAAAAUAUUUUUUGCAUCAAUAGUGAUAGGAAGAAAAAGAAAGAAACAUUUUUUUUCUUUUUGUCAAUCGAUCUGAGAAAGCAUGUACUGCGUAGUCUACAACAUUCAGGUAUGUCACAAAGGAAUUUCUUACCCAGAUCGAGCUAGUACUGCGUAGUGAUGUACAUGAAACUCGUCUGCAGCCCCUCUUUCCCAAGAGAUAUUUUGCAUUUGUUUACAUCGAGGUGCCAUGGCAAAGGGAAAUGAGGAUGCGUCGACAUAUUUAACACUAGGAAGACAUUAAUGUAAUGGCAAUUUGACACGUUUCUUGAAAUGCAAUUUGCAUUAAUGUACUAGUUUUCCA